AUGCUUAGCAGCAGUAUCAAAAGAUCUAUUUGCUCGGCUGCUCGUCGUUCAGCAGUCGGUGCAGCUCAAAGAGCUCCAGUAUCAUUAAGAUUAGCCACAGCUAACAGAGUCGUAUCAUCACGUACUUAUGCUUCAAAAGUUGUUCAAUUCACUGCAGAUUCAUAUCCAAAUGUUAAACGUGAUGAAAGAUUCAGUCAAUUAGAAGAUAAAGAUUUAGAAUUUUUUAAAUCAAUUUUACCAGAAACAAGUAUUAUUCAAGAUGAAGGUGAUUUAUUAUCUUAUAAUGAAGAUUGGAUGAGAAAAUAUAGAGGUCAAUCAAAAUUAACAUUAAAACCUAAAACAACUGAACAAGUUUCACAAAUUUUAAAAUAUGCAAAUGAAAGAAAAUUAGCCAUUGUUCCACAAGGUGGUAAUACUGGGCUAGUUGGUGGUUCUGUUCCAGUCUUUGAUGAAAUUGUAUUAAACGUUUCCAACUUGAACCAAAUUAGAUCAUUUGAUAGUACUUCAGGUAUCUUGAAAACAGAUGCUGGUGUUGUUUUAGAAGUUGCUGAUCAAUACCUUGCAGAACAAGGUUAUAUUUUCCCAUUAGAUUUAGGUGCUAAAGGUUCAUGUCAUGUUGGUGGUAUCGUUGCAACCAAUGCUGGUGGGUUACGUUUAUUACGUUAUGGUUCAUUACAUGGUACUGUAUUGGGUCUUGAAGUUGUCUUACCAGAUGGUCGUAUUGUUUCAUCAUUAGAUGCCUUAAGAAAAGAUAACACUGGUUAUGAUUUAAAACAAUUAUUUAUUGGUAGUGAAGGUACUAUUGGUAUUAUAACUGGUGUUUCAAUUUUAUGUCCAUCAAGACCAAAAUCUGUUAAUGUUGCAUUCUUAGGUUUAGAAAGUUAUGAUGCAGUUAUGAAAACUUUUGUUAAAGCUAAAAAUGAAUUAGGUGAAAUCUUGUCAGCUUUUGAAAUUAUGGAUGUUAAUAGUCAAAUUUUAAAUGAACAUCAUUUAAAACAAAGUCAUCCAUUAGAAGAUAAACAUGCCUUUUAUGUCUUGAUUGAAACCUCAGGUUCAAAUACUACUCAUGACGAAGAAAAAUUAAAUACAUUCUUGGAAAGUGCAUUCGAAAAUGAAAUCAUCAAUGAUGGUGUUAUUGCACAAGAUGAAACUCAAUUGAAAAACUUAUGGACUUGGAGAGAAGGUGUUUCUGAGGCUUCACAAAUCGGUGGUGGUGUUUAUAAAUAUGAUUGUUCAUUACCAUUGGAACAUUACUACAAAUUGAUUGAUGCAGUUAGAAAUAGAUUAACCGAAAAUGGUUUACUCGGUGAAACUGAAGAAUUCCCAGUGAUUGAUGCUGUUGGUUAUGGUCAUAUUGGUGAUGGUAAUGUUCAUUUAAACGUUGCUGUUAGAAGAUAUACUAAAGAAGUUGAAAAAGUCUUAGAACCGUUUGUUUAUGAAUGGGUUUCUGAACAUAAAGGCUCUAUUUCUGCUGAACAUGGGUUAGAUUUCAAAAUACGUAACUCCACAAUCCUUGAUAAGAGAGGAAGAGAUUACUUUGUUCAAAAAGCUAUUGUUUUCACAUCUCAAGAUACUGAAUAUAUUGCAGCUGCUCGUCGAGGUGGUUCAAUUCAAAUAUAUAAAUCAUGUUAUAAUUCAAACUGGGAGCUAAUUUAUGUUUAUGGAAAUAAUUUAAAUUUUGGUAAUGAUUCAGAAGAUCAUUUCGUUUCAUUAAUCUAUAGAGAUGAUUGUCUACAUUCAUGUUCCUGUUUAGGCAAAGUUGUCAUUCAAAAUUUAAGUCCAAUACUCAAUGAAAAUCAUACAAAUGAUUUAUCAUUAUUAAAUUAUCUUUCAAUUUCAGUUGCUUCCCCGGUAUCAUGUUUCAAAUUACAUCCAUUACAUAGAUGGGUUGCAAUAUCUGGCGGUAAAGAUCGUGAAAUGGAAAUUAAUGAUUUUUAUGCUCUAACACAUUUUUGGAAAAUGAAACAUACAAGUUCAAUUGAAGAUCUAUAUUUGGAUAAAUAUGAUUCUGAUACAAAAUGGGUUCAAGAUUUCUUAAUCAUUGAGGCAACUUCUGUUAAUUCCAAGCAUAUGAAUUUAGUGGUGGCUAGUAAGUUUGGGAAGUUGAUGUGUUUUGAUACCGGUGUUUCAAUGUACCCUUUAGAUUCAUUGGAUAUUCCAGUUAAUAAGAUGUUUCAAUUGGACGAUUUUAAAAUCUUGUGUUUGGAUUCAUUUAAUAAUAUGAAUCUAAUAAAUCUAAGAAAUUUUAAAGUUGAGCAAAGCUGGAAUGAUAUAGAAACAGGCCCAUUAGCAUCAAUUGAUCUUCAACGAGAAUCUAAUGGUGAUUUUUUAUUAGCUAUUGGGGGUAAAGACUCAAUCAAAUGUUAUCAAUUAGAACCACAAUUCAACAAAUAUAAAGUAACACCAUUGAAGAAAUUCAACAUGAAAAAGGGAUCAAUAUGUUCAAGCAUUUCAAUAAUUACAACAUAG